CCUCUGGGCAUUGUCUGGAGCAUAUAUCUGACCCUCCAGAUGAUCCCCAGAUCCCGCAACACUUGAUGCUUCAAUCAAAGGACACAUUAUCAGAAGUAAGUAAUGUGUCAAGGAGGAUAAAAAGAUUAGACUCAUUUUCUACAGACCAGUCCAAUAGUCUAGGUGAAUAUGGAUCCAAAUGGGCUGUGCCUCCCAUUCCUCCAAGGCAAGUGAUAACACAAAAUACAACGCCACCUUUAGAAUCCUGCACUGAAUCUGUAAAACGUAUGAGUGUUUCGUGUCCAGCUGCAGCGGGGAUAGGCAAAGAGCCAAUUGACGGCAGAUUAAGUAGUAUUAGGAGAGCAAGAAAUAUGUCAUGGGAAAAUGGAAAUAGAGCGGAAAUGACACUGAAAGAAACAAAGCAUCCCAAAACAGUUGCUUCAAAUGUGAGAAAAUCUGUUGCACAAGGACUACGGCUGAACAUCGAAGACCAAAGGGCAUUAGAAAGUAAAAAGAAAACUGUUGAGAGUCAGGGCAAGUCUUGUGUUUCCGUCUGUCUCCCACCUCACUCUGACAUAGAUAGACGAAUAGAAGGAGGAAAAAAUAAAACCAGGCUAAUAAAACCAGCCCCAUCUUUUAUGUCGCCCAAACGCCAGGAGCCAAUUGAAAAAUCUACUAGUGGAGCUAUCACAAAGAGUUUGAAGAAAGUCAAGGAAUGUCGAAUGCAAGAAGAGGAGGAAGUUAAAAUGGCAAAAGCCAUGCCUUUGAGUGAGAUGAAAUCAUCAAGUUCACAUAAAAUCCAUUUGUCUGUCAAGGGACAAGAGAAAAAGAUACAAGAGACCAAAGGUGAACCAAGUGCAGUUCUGACCAGCACCAGCACUUCCAUACCUGCUCCUCCUGUAAAACUGGGGACAAGAAUUAAGAAGACAGACUUUGACAUCACAACAUUCCUUCUUCCAAAAUUAGCACGUAAGUCUUCAGUAGAUGCAGUACAAAAGGCUUGUGAAGUGUCCAGUGUAGUUGAUGCACGCGUGCUACCCCAAAAUGAGGAGAGUGUAAAGAUAGCAGUCAAGGAUUACACAGUGCAUCUAACAAAUAAAGAACUGAAAGGCAAGCACACAUUCUCACAGCACACCCUACUGAAUCUUAAAGAGCAGGGGAGCAAGGACUCAGGUGGGGGAAAGGAAGAGAGGAUGGAUGGAGAGCAUGAAGGUAAACAAGAAGUAGUUCUGCCCACCAACUGGGCUUCUGUGUAUUCUCUAACUCAUCAUGAGUCGGAUGUAAGAAUAGAAGGAAAAGAAAACAUACCCGGAAUAAUGAGCUCUGCUAGUUCACAACCACAGCUGCAGAAAUCUUUUGAUGACGAGAAAGUGAAACAUACAAAGUCGAUUGAAGGUGAGAACCCCAUUGAUGGAAAGAUAGCACAAGAGUACACGUCACCGCGUGGGGCUGAGGGAGAAUUUGGAGAUAGGACAUCUAUACUGUGUCCCAAGAGCAUGACUCCGAAAGCAAAUACUUUACCACUUCCCAAGGUGCUCAGUACAUCUAAGGGUUGUGGCCCCCAAAUUAAAGAAACACAGACAAAAGACACAAGAGACAGGUGGGAGGCUGUACAGGAAAAGCAAAGUGAUCUAGAUGAAGUUUUACCGAAGCCUUUUCUACCUCACAUUAAAAAUAACCAAAUAGGAGAAGGCAGUAAGUCCUUCCUUCUACCCUCAUGGUAUAGGCAGUCACCAUGUUUAGAGCAUUUCAAGUUUAUAGAGUCACCUUUGAAGGAAACCUCAAACAAUGCAAGAACAGAAAACACGAAGAAGAAAAAGGUUAAAGAAAAAAAGGACAGAAUGAAUUUCAAGCACACAACCUUGAAGUCUAAGAAGUCACAACUGCUCCAUCUACUCCAAACAAAGACAGUGCAGGUGAACAUCAAAGAGAGCACAGAAGGGGAAACGGAAGCUAACAAGGAGGGGUUUGUGAUCCUGUGUUCUGUGAUGGUCAGUGAGCCAGGUCCCAUGCUCACUUCAUCAACUUGUCCUAAGUUGGACACAGAAAAAGAAGAAGAAGGUCAAAGAUUUGGAAGCGCCAAGCCACAUCAUGAACUCCAGGAAGCAUUGCCUGCAGGGAAGAUAACACCUACAGAGUCAACAAAAUGCCAUGUAAAGGGCGGGGAAGAGGAUCUACCAGAGAAAGAAAAGGCCAGAGAGCAGAUAAUGGUGGCAAAUGGCUUCCUACACCCUCAUAGGGGAGAUUUGAAGACAAAGGCAACAUCACCUCCACUUGUGUUCAGUGUCACUGAGCACAACGCUAUGAACAAGAGAAAGGUGCUGAUGGGGAACACUGAGGAGGACGCAAAGCAACACCAGGGAAGAGCUGGCCCCACCAUGGCUCUGAUGAAAUCUCUUCCUCCUAUGCUUCAUACCCCUUGCCCUAGACCGGAAACAAGGCCUGAAGUAGACCAAGACACACUUGCAAAGGCAGGAUUCCCUUCACAACUCAAGCUUCCCAAGCCACUUCAGGCAGGGAACUCCAGAAAGGUAGAUACUCAUGGGGACAAUGACUCGUGUGAUGCAAACAUAAAGGCUGCUCAAUGUACAUCACAUGAAAAGGCACAUGAAGUAAAACUAGACAAGAAAGGUAGAGCAUCCUCCCAAGUAAUGACUGCCCGAGCAGAGACAUCCCCACUUGGUAGAAAGAAACUACCUUUGAAUAUUGUAGAGCAAAUGGGAAAUGUGGGGGAAGGCAAAAUCCAGCCAGAGAUGGUUCGUAGAAACAGUUUUGCAUCCAUGCCUCCUCUUCUUCACCAUAAGUGGGAUGUAAGGGUGAAAGAAAAGAAAGACACACUAAGAAUACCAAAACCUUAUUUUGUACCAUCAGAGAUUCAGAGUCCAUGGGAUCCAGAUGAAGAAUCAUGUACUAAGUCAUUUGAUGACUAUAUGCUAAAAGGGACUGGUAGAAAGAAAAUAAAUACAGAAGAUAAAAUGCUACACAAAUAUAUAACUCUGAAGGCAAAGAAAUUACUAGUCCUACACAUGCUUAAUAGGGAAGCACUGAAGAGGAAAAUUAAAGAGCAAGAGAGAGAGGUGCAGGCAGAUAAAAGCGAUCUAGCAAUAAGUCUGAGAAGUAUCUACAGUUCUGUGUUUACCCUGCCGUAUUUUAAAUUUGAUACAACAGAAGAGGGGGGACAGGUAGAAAGAAUAACACAAUUGCCUCUCUCUCAACCACAAUCCCAGGAGCCACCUGAUGCAGCCAAACUAGCACAUCAAGAAGCAGUCGGUUCAGAAGUGUCAAAUUACGCAAAAGAAUUGAAAGAAUGGAUGCAACAGAAAGAAGAGAAAGAUCCAGAGAAAAGUCUUGGUGUGGAUAAUGCAGUGAGUCCCAGUGUUGUGGAUUUGAAGGCUAAGGAGUCUGCUGGUUUACUUAGAAGCAGUCAGAAGGAUCUUUGCUGGAAAACUGGAGAGCAAGAGGGAGAGAUUCAGGGGGCUACCUAUGAGCCAGAUGGUGUACUGUCGGCUAACACUUGUAGUUCUACAUCUCCUCCACUUUCCCUUAAUGUGAACACAAGAAACGAAGAGAGCAGACAGACAUCGUCAGGAAUCUCUUUGUCCCAAGUCCACUUCCAGGCAUCAUCAGAUUCGGAAGAAGUGGCACAUGUAGGGUCAGUGACGGAGGCUGUUUUAAUCACCUCACCAACUGCAGAAGCAUCUAUGACGCCACAGGCAAAGGAAGAAAAUGAAGUAAAAAGAUUGAACCUCGUGUUCUCUAGCCAUCAAGAAAAGAAGAUGCAAGAAAGUCCAGCUGGACCAGGUGUGGCUCUGACCAAACCUAUUUCCUUCUCCUCCCCCCCACCCCUCAAAUUACAUCAAGAGAGACAAGUAAAUGAUGAAAUACAAGACCUUAAAUAUUCUGUUUCCCCUGAAGAAGUCGUAACUCCAGAGUCAAGCUGGAGGGACAGCAUGCAAAAUAUUCAAAAUGAGAAAUGUACGUUUCAGAAAGAAACGGUGGCUAGGAGAGGUUGGGUGCAUCUCACCACUGUAGCCUUGAAGUCGAAGAACUCAUCUUCGUCACAUGUGCUCUACAGGUCAGAAUUGCAUCUGCAUAUUGGAGGGCAAGUACAGAGGAGGUCUGGAGGCCAAGGUAAGCCUCCUGAUAGAGUAUUAAGAAAAACUUGUGUUUGCAAGCCUCCAACUCACCUUGGUUUGGAUAAAGGCACUCAAGUAGAUGAGGAAACACUUGGAAUUCCAAGACCCUUUUCACUUCUACUUCCAAUGCUUUCAGCAUCGUCAGAUGCGAAGAUAAGAGCUGGAGAGACAAUUACAGUUGGUGAUGAUGAAAGUAGAAGCAGCCAGCAGGUAUCACAGAAAGAAAAAACGUGUGAGGUAAAAAUCGUGGAUCUGAGGAUCAAAGUGCAGCACAGAGAAGCAAGGGUCUCACCCAUUUCACGUUUCCUUCAGACAAAGGGAUUGGUGUUGAACAUCAGAGAGCCAAAGGAAAGCAGGCACAUAGGGAAGGUUGAACCAUGUAUGGCUCUGACAAGGACAUUUCUUUCCAUCCCAGAAGAACUUCCCCUAUAUCUGGAUUUAGGGAGUGAAACAGACAAAGGAGGAAUCGGAGGACCCUUAAAUCCCCAGAAAAAUCCACAGAAAUCAUUGGUUACAGGAAAAAGAGUGAUUGCAGAGACUCUCCCUGGUGGUUGUGAGCUCAUUGUUAAAAAGGCAGAGCGCUUGGUAACAAAAGAGGCCACACAACCAUGGGCCUCAAGCUUCACCCUCACUACGCAGCUGACGAAGAAGCCUUCCCAGGUCACAGCUGAAGGCGGUUUGAAACAACUGGUUUUAAACUCCCAGCGUGAAAAUAUGUGUUUCACAGGAUUUGGCACCAUCACAAGUGAGAAAAGACUAGGGUGUCUUUUUAUAGAGCAAACAGCUAGGUCAGGAAAAUACAAAAUGGAAACUUUUCCUGUGUGUUUUCCCAACCCCAGGAUGCAGCUGACAGAACUUGAAGAUCCAAAGAAAGAAAGGAAAACAAUGAGCAACUUAGGUAAUAAACGAAAUCCUACGGUUUUAGUUUCACAGCCACAGAAAAUAUCUAAGGGUGGGUGUGUCAUAGCUGCCACCCCUGCGAGCUCAAAAGGGCUUCUGGUUUCAGAGUCAGAUACCCAACAAGAAACGCUAUCAAAAUCACCUCCAGGAUAUGAAGGGGGUCUAUGUAAAUUUGAUCACCCAGAUAAAGGUUUCCAAGGUAAUGAGAAAAUGAGAAAACUGUUUUCUCCUCAAACAUUUACUUCGCAGAGACGAGGAUCACUCAGAAAGAGAAUGACCACACAUACCAGUGCCCCCCAAAAUACGAAAGAGCAAGAAGUUCUGACGAAAAAGCAAAUGGUGCUGCAGUCUGGACAUGAGCCCAGGACUGCGCUGAACUCAAAUGUUUCUUCUUUUCAGUUUCCGCUUCAAAGCAGAAAACAGAAGAUGCUCUUAGAAAUUGGUGCAUACAGACAAACUAUAGUAUUCCCCGGCGUACAAAUACUACCAGGAGUGCGCAUGGAAUUUGGCGGUGUUCAAAGGAGAAAGGAGCAGCAGACGCUUGUGCCGGGUCAAGAGAAAUACAUUCUAGAAUCGCUUCAGGAACCUCUUCCUUCCUGCUGGCCUGGGCCACUUCAAACUACAGAUUUGCAGGGCGGGAAUGAAAGGAACACACAUGCUACCAUCGGGAUGGAGCACAGGAAACUAGAAAUGGAAAAAAGGAAGUUAAAAAGAGGCCCAAAUAUAGUUCAUCUGGAAGAGAACAAAAUAGAACUGUACAAGCACACCAUGGUCAACAUAGAGGAGAAAGUAAAAACAGACCGAAAAAAUACUGCAAACCAGAAUGCUCCAUCUUAUAAGGUAGAGAAAUCGCGAGCUCUGAGUCACAUAAUCUCCUGUAAAGCAAAGCGCUACUCAGUCAAGGGAAAACAUAAGAAGAGACGAGAAUCACCCGGUGCAAAACAAAAUAUGUGGGCACAAGAGUUGUUUCAAAAAGAUGAUAUGGGUUCUUUUUAUGCCUAUAUUCCUUUACCUCUCAAGUUUGAAGGCCAAAAAAACAGAUUAGCAAUAGCAGAUUUGAGAAGAGAAGUGAGCCCCUAUGACUUAACUUUGAAAAUCCCCAAUCACCCAGUUAAACAGAUUCUUAACAGCACUCCAAGCAAUAGAAAGAAAUUGGAAUGUAGCAGUGUGUGGAGUAAAGAUAUCCCACAAAUCUCUAUCAGAAGUCUUUCUAUUUCCGUGAUGAGUCCACCUCAAACUGAUGAGAUAGUCAAACCUGAGGAACAUCGAGGAAGCAAAAAGAACAUCUGUCUUUCUGAAUUCCAGAAGAAAUCAUCAAAGAUAAAUAUAAUUGUUGAGAGGAGUUCCAGUCCUCUGAAAGACAGGAACUGGAAUGCGACAGACACAGUUUCACCAGAUUCCCAACACCUCGGGGCAUAUAAACAAGUUUCAGCGUCACCUCGUGUCCCAUCAGAAGCAAACCUCAGUGGUGAAAGAGAUAGAACUGCAAAUCCACAAACAGAAGAAAAGGCUUUCCCUUCUCCUGAUGUUGCAAGCAUCACAAAAGGGCCUGACUUAUUUAUGAUGGGUGAAGGAGAAGGAGAAGGAGAAGGAGAAGGAGAAGGAGAAGGAGAAGAAGGAGAAAAGAAAGCACCCACACCUAUUCUGACACCCACAUCUGUGUCUGGAGAACCAAAGGAAUAUGUGGAAAACACCAGGGAAAGUGCCGUAAAGAGAACCAUUUCCUCUUUACAAGUCAAAGAAGCUCACCAUGAGACACAGCUCUGGGAUACGGUGGACAGUGUCUCGAUAUCUGAGCACGGGGACCAGAGUGAACUUAGGCAGGACUCGAACGCUCAGAAUGUCCUCCCACAGAAAAUAUCUCCAGAGCCUGUGCUUACAGCACCUCUGAUUCAAAGCAGUGAGAUAAAAGUGGUGGCAGGCACUACAAGUGCAGAAGAAAGUCUCCAACCUCUUUUUGAAGCAAUUCAAAGUAUCUUUGAGUCCCAGAUAAAACACUUGAUCCAGGGCAAAGUUUAUAACGAUUUAUUGGAAGCAAUAAGAGCCCAUAAAAUUGAGUGGAAACCGCCAGCUUUUGUAGGGGCUCCCGCUACAACGGCAUCACUGCGUUCCCAACUGCAGACAGCACCCAUGUCGGAACAUAUGACUUUCCAAGAGAAAAUGAGGCUCAGAAAUCACUUAGAGUCUAAAGCGGUUGAAAUAAAACUGAAUUUGUUACCUGAGAUGGUGAAACGGUCCUCCCCAAAAUUCAACCUUCACGCAAGACAUGAAGCUGUUGCAGAACAUGACAACGGGAGGUGCCAUCCAAAACAAAAAAACAUGUGUCUUGUGACCAUAGAAGGUGCAGAGACUAUAGAGCUGAACUUACAACACAAAUGCCAAAGAGACUCCUCUCCCGUCAUGAAAAAUGUGACUAUUAACGUCUCGAGUGACAGAGAAGAGAUAAUCACAAAGGUAAAGGGUACCGGUAAGCUAGAAAGUGAGACAUCUGAGGUGUUCUUGCCUCAGGUCCUCCAAAAGUACUCAAUAAAAGAUAAGGACAAACUUCUCAUACACUUUUCUAUGAAAGCCAUGGAGAUCCAAAUGGAAUCCUUUCCCAGAAAUGUAAGAGAAUCUUAUGCAAUGGCCACAGUCCAGGAUGGAAAGGAACCAUUAUCUAAGUGCAGGUAUCCUGCUGCGGAAGUUUCAAAACAGAAAAACAGACUUGUGUUAUUGUGUGAUGAAGAGUCUCUUAAUCAAGUCGAUCUGGAUUUACAGUACAAAUACUUUUGUUUCCACCCAGCGUUUCCUAGUAAAAGGAUGUUCCAAAAGCCAAAUCUACUCCCUAGACAUAUUCUUAAAUUAAACACAGCUGCACUUUGUCAAAAAGUCGACAACAGGGCAGAGAGCGGGGAUCUUUCUGUCCAGACAGCACAGUUGGAAAAGCACAUUUCUUUCAAAAAGCAAAGUCCUCACGACAGUUUGUCAUUAAUCACAAGUGUCUUGGAGCCGAGCCCCAUGUGUGUUCCAGACCUUGGACAAGUGGACACAAGGCAGAAAGGCACAGCUGUUCAUUCAGAGGGAAAACUUCCUGGGACUCCAGAAAAAGAAAGGCAAUGUCAUGUAUGGUUUCAAGAAGCCGAUUUAUGUCAGUUUUGUGAUUCAUCAACCCCAGCCCAGAAAGAUGCUGGGAAUGUCGAGGAAUCCCAGUCAACUCUGCUUCCUGAAGAUAGUGUGGAGAAUCAGACAGAUCUGGAGACUGCAGCUGCCCAGGAGGAAUUCUUGUCUCUUGGGGUGCAGGACAGUGAGGAAUGUGUGUUUCUGGAACUCAAGCCUUAUCUAGGUAGGGAGUCAGAAAAGAUCUUAUAUGAGUUACAGACAGGCAUCCCUUUGGAAAAUCUCCACAAGUUGACAGAAAUCAAAAUUGACUCACAGCCAGUUCGAAGUGACAUUUCAGGCUCCCAUCCUAGUAGAAUCUGCCGAAAGCAUGCCUUACUGGGGAAGCAACCUUCCUCUGAGCCCCGAAAAAGCAGAAAAUAUAAGUCGCCCUCCAUGAGAUGGUCUCCUGACAGCGGGUGUCACAGUUCAUUUCAAACUGUCCUAGUUCCAUCAGGGCCAUCUUCUCACGAGAACCUCUCCUGGACUACAAAGAGUGGAAACGUAGUGCCCUUAACCGAGUCAAAUAUUAAACUGCACCUUGCCAAAAGCCAAGGCAGGCCCCAUAAGCAUGUGGAAAGCAAAGCAAGGUGGAGAACCAGAUUGGAAUUAUCUAGAAAGAACAACAGCCACUCGGGUUAUGACCGCAGCUAUCUAUCAAGUAAGGAGAAACACACAAGAAUCCAGGUAGUCCAUGGUCACGAGUCUGAAAAGUCAGAUAAUUCCCCGAGCAAUUGCAAUUCCACAUCAAAAUCCAACCAAGAGGAUAUCAGCUUAUUUUAUGAAGGGAAGCUCAACCAGCCAUUUUUUUAUGCCUGCGUGCCAGCAGAUACCCUCGAGAUCAUACCCAAAACCAUUCGCUGGGUUAUUCCGCCCAAAACUCUAAGGAAGAGAAACUUUCGAGUUCCCGUGGUGGUAAAUAUUUCAAGGACUUGCAACAUAUGGAGUUCUCCCAAAAAGUUGUUGGAGUCAGUCUUGGAGACCUUCAACCGAGUCCAUCACCAUUAAUGUCACCACCUCUAGACUCACCUGUUGUGCACAGCUUGUCACGGUGAUAUUCUAUGAUAAAUAAAAUCAUGUCAAGUCAGGU